CGAAAAUUGCAUGUGAUCAUCUUAUCUAGAGUGAAGUGUUCCUCAACCUGUCAAAUGCGUGGAAUAGAGAGCGAGAAUAUGUUGUACGCCAUUUCAUUUAAGGAGAAAGAAGAAAAAAGAAGGAAAUCGGCUGCAUCGCACCAGAUGUGAAACGGUUGGAUGAAUGUAAAAUUCCACUUGGAAAUCAAUGUUUUGUAUAGUACAAAAGCAAGAACUAUAAUUAAACUUGGAUGUGUACCACUAAUAUCGAUGUUACUGUGUUUCUGACAAUGAUUUCGUGACCAGUGAAGUGUCAUUUGUGUGUUGAGUUAAAAUGGCGAUGUGAAGAAUAAUGGUGGCUAAAUGAAAUUUUCUGAUUUCGAUUCCAACAUUAUGGAAGACAAUACGCUAAAUCAUCAGAACGGGGCACAGAUCGGACCGCAAACCGUUUCUGUGACGAAUAAUAAACAGAAUGAAGAAACAAAUCCAAAAGCUCAGUAUUCCAUACCCGGAAUAUUGCAUUUUAUUCAACAUGAAUGGGCACGGUUCGAAUUGGAAAGAUCGCAAUGGGAAGUUGACAGAGCUGAAUUACAAGCUCGUAUCGCCUUUCUUCAGGGAGAAAGAAAGGGUCAAGAAAACCUUAAAAAUGAUUUAGUUCGGCGCAUAAAAAUGUUGGAGUAUGCCUUAAAACAAGAAAGGGGAAAGUUUCAUAAACUAAAAUAUGGGACAGAAUUACAGCAAGGAGAUAUGAAGCCACCUAUUAUUGAUGAAAGUAGUGAAACACAAAUGGACAUAGAUCAGUCAUACGUUGCCGUAUCCAAUUCAACAUGGAAGCAAGGCCGUCAAUUACUUAGACAAUAUUUACAAGAAAUUGGUUACACAGAUAGAAUUAUCGAUGUUAGAUCGACGCGUGUGAGGGCUUUAUUGGGUUUAAAUAACAACACCGAACCAGAAGAAAAUCACAACGGCAGUUCGGUUAACGGCAAUGAAUCGAACAAACGGGCCAGCGAAACGCAAGGUAGGAGGACGCCUGCUAAGAAACCUCAACCUAGUUCUUUAGCUGAAGCAAUGAUGCUGGAUACCGAAGCAGCAGUUAUGGCAAACCUAGAUUUUCUCUCAAACGCCGAUGUUGAUAUGGAAGAUGACGAUGAUAUGAGCGAUGACGUCGAUAUCGAACCUUCAGAUGAUCUCGAUGACGAUAUGUUAAUCCGUAUAUGCGUCUGCUCAGGUAAACUUGAUAGUUUAGGGGACGAUGUAGACGCUGAAGCCAUGGAAGUCUUGAAUGAGCUUAAUCUUCUUUCUGAAUCAGGCGAAAGGCAAGAAUUUAAAAAUGAACACAGCGAAUGGAAAAAAGGUUUUCAAAGCGGCGUACCCAAAAGACCGCUUGGUUUAAACGAUGACGAUAACAUUGAUUCUGCACUAGGUCUAGGAGAAUUGGCUCAGCUUACGGUGAACAAUGAUGCCGAAACAACUUAUGAUAUAGCUAGCAGCAAGGAAGCAUUUAGGAAAACGUGGAAUGCAAAGUACACUCUACGCAGCCAUUUUGAUGGGGUUCGAGCGUUAGUUUUUCAUCCGAACGAGCCGGUCCUGAUCACCGCCAGUGAAGAUCAUACUUUAAAAUUGUGGAAUUUGCAAAAAACAGUUCCUGCAAAAAAGUCAGCGUCGUUGGAUGUUGAACCCCUAUAUACUUUUAGGAGCCAUACAGGACCAGUCUUAUGUUUGGCAAUUUCCGGCACAGGAGAACAUUGUUAUUCUGGUGGCUUAGAUGGUGUGAUAAAUUGUUGGAAUAUACCUAACUCCAACAUAGACCCUUACGAUUUGUUUGAACCUGAUGUCUUAAACACCACACUGCAAGGACACUCUGAUGCUGUAUGGGGGCUCUCGUUCUUAAACUCGAAACAGCAUUUAUUGUCAUGUUCAGCAGAUGGAACGGUUAAAAUAUGGGCUCCUCAUAAUAAGGUUCAAUUACUAAAUACAUUUACAUCUGAAGCAGACGGAAUUCCUUCUAGUGUAGAUUUUGUUAGAGAUGAACCAAAUCGGAUUGUGGCAGCUUUUGCCAGUUCCCAUUGUCUAGUUUUUGACACUGAAACUGCCAAGCCAAUUAUGCGGCUAGAAUCAAGUCAAGAAAGUGUUAAUCUCAAUAAUAAACAAAUAAAUCGAAUAGUUUGUCAUCCGACAUUACCGCUGACGAUUACGGCACAUGAAGAUAGACAUGUUAGGUUUUGGGAUAAUCAUACUGGCAAGAUGGUUCAUUCUAUGGUCGCUCACCUAGAUGCAGUCACUAGUUUAGCUGUAGACCCCAACGGCUUGUAUUUGUUAUCAGGCUCACAUGACUGUUCAAUAAGGUUGUGGCAUUUGGACAAUAAGACCUGUGUCCAAGAAAUAACUGCACACAGAAAAAAAUUCCACGAAAGCAUUCUAGAUGUAACUUUUCAUCCUACAAGACCAUACAUCGCAAGUGCUGGCGCUGAUGGGUUAGCCAAAGUGUUUGUGUGAAUAUAUGAAGGGAUAAAGUUCAGACGCAUUACUACAGUGUUGAUUGAAUGUCGAUCAAUAAUUUUCUUGGCUUUACUGUAUGUGUAGGUUAAGUGUACAUAACAAUUCGUAUUCAUAAUGAUUUGUAUAUAAUAAUUACUUUUGUCUUGCACAGACUAUGUUUAACUUUUUUUUGUACAUAUUUUUACCGUUCCUUUUUUAUUAUUAUUUAUCAUAAAACUAACCUGUGUUGUGAAAGAAAUAAUUUAUGUACAUUUGUCCUACAGUUUGAGUAAAUGUAUGUAUGCUCAUGCGUUAAGAUUCGUAAUUCCAACUAGUGAAAACAGGUUUCGUUGUCUUCUUAGAAUAGUAUCGUAAUCAUCGUUGUAAACUAUGCAAGAUCGCAGGUGCAUCACGAUGACACAGUGGUGCUUUUUUUGCUUUUUGUAUGAUUUUUUCGUGCAUUACUGUCAUGCCUUGUUUAUGUUUUAACCAGUUUAUAAGAAGUUCAAGUCAUUCUUUCUAAAUUGUAGGAUAAUUAUAAAUCGUUAAUGGUGUUUUAGCACUACCAGUUCAUCUUUUUUUUUAUUUGUGCUUCAUUUACAGUUAUUUAGAUAAGUGCAACAUGGUACACGCAACAUUUCUGAACUGCAAGCAUUAAUUACUUACUUAUUGGUUAUAAUAAAUUAAAAUUCCAGAAUGAUAUUAAACUACCAGAAUUUCAUUCAUGAACUCACUGAAAUAGGGAUAUUAAAGGCUAAAUAAUUCAUGUUAAGGUGUAUUAUAUCAUUUUGUUUAAUUUAUAAAUCAAAUAUUUAUAUAUACAUACACAUAUUUUAAGUUUAAGGUAGUCCUCAGUAUAAUCUAAAAGAAACGUAACGUUUAGAAUAGCAAAUUAUAGUAAGUGAUAUAAUUAUUGUGAAUGUAAAAACUGUAUUUAAAUUAUAGAUUAUAGGGUAAUAUUUACAAAACUGGUCUCUCUACUAGCAUAAGACUUGAUUUUAUUAAAUCAACAAUGUAAAUAUUAGCACUAGCCUCCCUCAGUUUUUGCUUAUAACGGAAUGAUUUUGGUUUUUGAAGUAUAACUUUUAUAUCCCGUUUUAUUUAUUUUAUAUAAACGUUUUUCAAAAUAUCAACUGCAAGCAAAAUGGUUGAUCCUGUUAGUUAAUUGACAUUGUACAAACUCAUUGACUACCUUAACUAUGAAUCAUUUUUAUAAUAAAGUUUCAUGUUUGCAAUGUAUAAAUGACCUAAAUGGUUUUUAAAACUUUUUUAAACUGGCUAGAAAAGAUAGUCAUAAUUUGAUAGAAGCUAUGAUGGAGAAUGUAUGACUUAAUGUAUAAAACAAUAAAUUGUAAAUAUUAAA